CUCGCAGUCCCAUUUUUAUUUUCGCUCGUGCGCCGGUGCCAUCCUUCAAACACUCAAACCCCCGUCUUGCAUCCCGGUCUAGCGACCUGCCUCCCCUUCACGUCCCGCCUGGCCGUGCCCACUCUCCCCCAGCGAUCUUCCCGCGCAGAGUCUCAUCAAUGCUGAAACGAGACUGAGGCGAACGAAAACCCACCUGGCCUUGCCCUCUCUCCUGAAUCUGAGGCUCUCAUGUCCAACGCGCCUGCCCACUACUCUUCCUCCUCUCGUCACCAACCCCGUCACCACGACCAGACCAGCGACUCUGCCUACAUUGAAGCCAACCUCUUCGAAGUCGGCCUCCUGGGGAACAAGUAUCGCAGUAGCAGGUCGUCCAGGUCCUCCGAGGACAAGAAGAAGGACAAGAAGAAGAAGCAGAGGAAACCAAAGGCCGUCGAGUUUGGCUCGCCUGUCACCCAGCACACAGGCUUCCGUCCUCAUUCCCGCGGCUCCAACCUCUCCUCGAGCACCAUCAAACCCUUCACCAAGCACACCCUGCCGAGCAAUUCCACCCUCGACUCGGCUGGUCCCCCUCGCUCCUCCAGAGGCAUGGCUGGCGUUCUGGACAUUGAGAGGUCCAGGACCCGCCGCGAUCGAACCUUCAUAGGCAGCGAGUGCGCCGUCUGCGAAGAGCCCCUCGAGCAUACCCUGCGUGGCGAGCGCAUCCUGCAGCUGUCGUGCGGCCAUGUGUCCCACGAGGCCUGCUUCUACGAGUACAUUCGCGAAUUCGAUUCACAGCACUGUCCUACCUGCGACGCAACCCUGGGCCUGGAUACAAGUCGAGGUGGAAACGUGCUGGACCUGGAGAAAUUAAGCACCAUUGUACGAUCAGCACACGCCGACCCGAGCCAGGCGGGCAGCCACCGCAGCAACCAAAAUACCCCUACGCCAUGGGACCACCCCUCUGUACCCGAACAUCAGUCGCACGGCCGGCCUCGAGGCGACAGCGAUGUCAGUGGCCGUUACCAGUCGCCUCAUCCUCGCCAGAGGGAUAGUAGCCUUAGCAGGGACCGCAUGUCUGAACGGAUGGGCUCCAUGAGCCGCCAACACCUGCGCAGCGAUAGUGGCGCAACCGGCGUGGCCUCCUCCGCCGACUAUUCUGCGGCCCACGACGGGAGGCGCCACGACUAUGACCUGCAGGCCAUGGAGAGCAGCUUGAGUAGCCCCCGCUCCCUCCUCAAGAGCCCCAUCCCCGCCCCGACCGUGACUGUGCGCAGCGAAUUCCCCACCCUCAACCGCUCGCGGCAGCAGCAGAGCUUGACCUGCCUCGUGACGGUCGAGGUGGUGGAUGGUAAAUGGAGGCCAGACCCCGAUGACAUGCGCGCCGCACCCCCUCUGCCCUCGGUUGCCAGCGUCGCGGAGAGCUAUGGAAGACCAAGGUCCCCUGUGCGCGGGCGAGCUGCGUUUGAAUCCCCGUACCAGUCCGCCGAGGAGUUGGACGAGAUCACCGAAGAUCUGCAUUCACGCGUUGACAAUUGGCACGGCCUCGACUUCUCGCGCUUUGGAAAGCUGCGCCUUCACGGUCAUGUGCGUGUCGGAAAGGACCGCCAAUCAUGGCAAGAGCUCGAGUGCUAUCUCUUCUCGGAGAUGCUCAUUUGCGUCAAGGAGAAGAAAGCCGGCCCUACACCGCAGUACCCGGGCUCUGAGCAACCACUCCGCAAGCCGAGGUGCACGCUGAAGGGCUCCAUCUUGAUCAAAAAGCACCUCAACCAGGUGGAAUACUCCCCAGAAGAUGCCAUCUUGACGCUCAGUCUCUCCGUCCCUGAACUGCCGGCUUUUCACUUGCAGUUCCAAAACAGAAGCCAGCUGGAUCUCUGGCGACGCGCCUUGAUGGAUAUCCGGAUGGACUUUGCUCAACCCGGUGGAAGAAUGCCGGAUUACGAGCAGGACAACUCUGGCACGGAGGAUGACGAAUACCGAGCGUCUCGGCCCAACCGCGUGUCCUCGGUCAACUCGUCGUCUUAUGGCGCUGCUCGAUCCACCGUCACGGCACCUACCGAAUACACGCACUCGCGUGCAGGUAUGCAUGAACCGCGGCCCACCGGCCAAGUCCACGUACCCCUCGAUAUCGUCGUGGUCAUUCCCGUGUCCUCUUCGAUGCAAGGGCUCAAGAUCAACCUCCUUCGCGACACGCUCAAGUUCUUGGUGCAGCAUCUGGGUGAAAGGGACCGCAUGGGAUUGGUCACAUUCGGGUCAAGCGGAGGAGGAGUACCCAUCGUUGGAAUGACGAGCAAAGCAUGGAAGGACUGGCCCAAGGUGCUGGAUUCAAUCCGUCCUGUGGGCCAGAAAAGCCCCCGCGCCGACGUCGUCGAGGGCGCCAAUGUGGCAAUGGACCUUCUCAUGCAACGGAGAUCGAACAACCCCCUUGCGAGCAUCCUUCUCAUCAGCGACUCCUCCACGUCCGAUGCGGAGAGCGUUGAUUUUGUCGUUUCGCGGGCGGAAGCGGCAAAGGUCUCUAUUCACUCAUUCGGACUUGGGCUGAGCCACAAGCCUGACACGAUGAUUGAGCUAUCGACUCGAACCAAAGCGUCCUACACGUAUGCAAAGGACUGGAUGAUGCUCCGCGAAUGUGUUGCGGGAUGCUUGGGUUCACUUCAGAGCAUUUCACACCAGAACGUCAAGCUCAAGCUGCGGUUGCCGGAGGGCUCUCCGGCCAAGUUCGUCAAGAUUAGUGGUGCAUUGCAAAUAACGAAGCGUGCCACGGGCCGGGAUGCAGAGGCAUCGCUCGGCGACUUGCGAUUCGGAGACAAGAGAGACAUCCUCGUGCAACUAGCGAUCGCUCCCGACACCAGCUCGCCGGAACAGGUCCCCCAAGAUCCCUGGGAAACCAUCGUUUCAGGUUUGGAAGCCCUUGGUGGACCCCUGGACCAAGACGAACCACGAAGCCUUAGUGUCGAAGAAGUACCCCUUAUCCAGGCCGACCUUAUCUAUGGCGAUAUACUCAGGGAAGGGACCGUCUGCCACCUACCUCGCCCUUCGCUGCUCGCCAUCACCAUUCUCCCAUCUGUGUCGAAGAAGAACCCGUCCGACCGCCCGCCCACGCCACCCAUUCCACCUCACCCCCAUAUCGUCCAACGACGGAUGGAGCUGCUCACCUCCGACAUGUUGACGCGUGCUUUGACCCUCGUGUCCCGCGGACAGCACGAAAGAGCCCAUCACUUGCUCAAGGAGACGAGGAGUAUCCUCAAAGGUCUGGGCAAAGGUGGUUUGCCUCCACUUCCGCCACCUGGCUCUAGACGCAAUGAUGCGCCGAGCACAGCCAACAGCACAGGGCAUUCCUCGCCGACCGUCGACAGUGCCAAUAGACCUCGGACUCCCUCUCCCCACGCCGAAAACCCUUUUACGCCUGCAGCGGGUAUCGACGUCUCAACCAUGCAUGCGCUAGACGCCGAACUGGAGUCAUCACUCGAAUGGCUGCACCACCCGGUUCAUUUCGGACGCGACUCCCGCAAGGCUGUGCUGCAAGCUAUUGGGGUCAUCAGCUCACAGCGAGCAUACACAUUCAGGACCCCUGCCGAAUCGCUUUGGGCACAGCGCAUUGCGGGCAUCAAACGCAUGGCGGAGCAAGCACAACGUUGGCGUGAAACCACUGAUGACCAAGCUCUGACUGAAGAGACGUGACGGCCUUUUCUUUUUCUCCUUCACUCGCCCCGUUCUUGUACAUUUGUACCAUACUUCACCAGUCUAUAUCCUGUUGACAGUACACGCGCUAGCAUCGCUUUUUCCUUUUUCAUCUCCCUCUAACCGGAGCUGUGUAGACCGGCCGUUUGCUUUCUUUUGCACGAAUGAUACCAUGCGCACAACGUGCUUUUUCCUUUUCUUAUUUUGAAGCGCACGCUUGGCCCGCAAAAGCGCUCCGUUCUUCUGGGAUGAUACCACAUCUAGGAUUCUUUACUUUCCUCGGUUACGCUGCACAGUAGAUAUGUCACGCUAUCGAUAUCGAAG